AACAUGUACCGUUUUUACUCGCAGAACAGUGUAGAUAGCAUGAGUGUUACUGAAUAAAAGACUGGAAUGUUUGAUGUGUCUUUUCACAUACAACUUUUAUAUUAGCUUAGUAGGUUACUCACGUCUAGUAUAUGCAUUUUAUAUAACUACCUUGGAAGGAGUAGAGUAACAAUAUGUUUCUCAAUAUAAAUAUGGUUGUACAGUAGGAAGUUUGUGUGAUUUUUUGCUACAGUGUAUUAAAUCUGCGAUUAAUUAAACAUUUAAUUUAUUCCGAAUAACCUUAUUAUAAGAACAAAUUAAAUAUAUGUAAAGAAUGAAGUUAUCUUUGAAGAAAUCAGGGUUGUAUACUUUAAUAAAGGAUCUGAGUCCGACGUCGUCGGGAUCUUCAAAAGGAAUCGUGUCCAAUGGAAUUACCAAAUAUGGACAUUUGGACAAAUUACCGAAUCCGUGCAAAGUCGUUGGAUUUAUGUUUGCCACUAUUGGGGCCUUGGUAACGCUCAGGUGGACCGUUUCCUUCCUUGUUUCUUUACAUGGUACCACUAUAGCACAUUAUUCGCCACCUGAGCCGUGGAAUGAGCAUGAUACAAGCCAAGACUCAUCCGAGCCAAUCACAGACUGCCCAAGAAGUUACGUGUAUGAUGAACUAUCCGAUCGUCUGCAACUUCUGGAAAUGGCGUUCAAAGAACAGGUUUUUGCACGUGAAACCAUUGCACGGGAAAUAAAUGACCAGUCAGAUAUAUAUGGUUCUCUGGACAGAAAACUGGCGUUAUUCUUGGAAAAGUUGGACAAUGUCACACAUGAAUAUGCAAAUCUGGAAUCAAAAUAUAAAGAAUUGUCUGCAAGAGUUAAUUCAGACGAGACGCUAGGGGCGAUAAUUUUGCUGAUUCUCAUGCUGCAGAUGUUUUGUACAUUCAGACCGAGAAUCCUGGAAUUGUUGGGCCCUGUCACAGAUUUCAGACCGGCACUGAAUAAACUGAUCCAACGGCCAAAAAUUGAAAGAAAGACGUCUUCAAACCAAGGAACCCCAAAACAUAUGGUAGGUUUGCGAAACGAAGUUUGCGUCAUAUGUUUUCAACGUGACAGCGCCGACAGCCUCAUUUUGAAAUUAACAGAAGCCAUGUUCCGCCAUCUUGAAGGAUUAAAGGUCACAAUGAAGCCGUUUUACGCUAUAUUUUCAAUGGAAGAUCUCAGAAACAUACCGCAUGUUAAACUUUACGUCAUACUGGUUGAUUUAGAAUCAAGGGGACUUUAUAUCAAUGGAUGUGAGAAAGAUCUUGUAUUCACAACAGUCAAAUACACAAAAUCAAUAGGAGCACAUACGGUAGUAGUUAUUACCAACGACGAAGGAUCCAAGAACCUUACUGCUCACAGCAUCUAUAAUUCCACUUUACGCAUGGUCAAAACAAACGACAAUUUACAGGACCUGGCGGCCAAUGGCAGACUGUUUAGCAUGUGGCAGGAAAUGACGUCACAUCAACUCAGCCAUCUUAGAAGAAUGGUGAAAACAGUGCUUAAUGCUAAACUUAUAAUGAGGUGAUCAUUUCAAGAAUCAGAUCAAAGGUUUCAGUACUAAGAAAUGCAUAUCGCUCUGGCCGUGUCUAGAAACGCGGAACAUCUCAAAGUAUCCAGAUUAUACCGAAACGUCAAAAAUGUCUUGCUCAAGUCUCGAAGGAGUAAUUGUUUUUCCAUGAGAGUUUUUGCCAAUGUAGCCUUCUAUUGUAGCUUAUAGAACAUAACACGAAUUUCAACACAAUUUUAAUUUUCGAACUUCUUGCAUCGAUUGAUUUUUUCAAGAUGUUAUUACUACAACAAUGCAGUAUUAGCUAUAUAUCCUAGAUAAAACACAAUGCUAGAUCCGUCUAACGGUUACUAUUUAGUGGUAAAUUUAUUUUUUAAUUUUUAAUUUUUGUUUUUCUCACAAUAUAAGAGACUGAGUUAUUAGACCUUUAAAAUGGCCAAGUAUUACCUAACCGAUCCUGUUAAUAAUAUACUUUCUAAAUACUUUCAUUUUUAUACAUGUACCUGUUUUGUGUACACGAUUUUAUCCUACAACGGUUUUAAAAAUGUUACAAUAAUAUACUUAAGCCAAUUGCAAAUGCAUUUUGCUCUAUCUUUUAUUACUAUUGUAUCAUUAAAUUAAACACACAGCACCUGCAGCUGAAAUCCGGAGAAAAAUUGAAAACUGGGACAGUUGAAUGAGAUGUUGAAUUAGUUAUUGCCACAUAAUAUCAGCUUUACUUUUAUUGUCAUGAUUUUGUUACAUAUUCAAAGUUGAAGACGUGUAUAAGACAGUUUGACAUUAAAAGUGAAACGUAUGUAAUUAGUUAAAUAAGCAUUUGUCUAGUCAAGUAAAAACAAAACAAAACAAAGCCAAAGAUAGAAUUGGAACAAUCAUAUUCACAGAAUGCAGCUUGUUCACACUGAAAACAUAUAGCAGUGAAUAUAUGGGUGUGUACAUAAUGAAACUAUAAACACAAUUACUUAAGCAAAGUAAAAAGUUCAGACAACUAACACAUGUCAAACGAAUGAAAACACAUUUGGGCACCGCGACGGAACGGCAAGUGGGCAAAUGUCACUGGGAAAAUCACAGCGGUUUUUGGUGUACCAUAUUACAUUCGUAACCACAACAAUAUAUAACAGUAAUGGGGCAGUGUAAAGUGACUUCUUACACUUCACUCAAUGACAUUUCAGAAGGCAGAGGACCAAGAGAAACACCGUUAUGUCGGCAUUGGUACUACAGAUCGAUACAUUAUACCUUUACUAAUCCUAUCUGUUAUUUAUUACUACACCUGUUUAUAUAUACUAGUACAUUCGUAUAUAUGAUAUCUGUUGCAUGCAAAAAUAUGAUAUCAGCUUCUUGAAAUACUGUGUGAUAAUUCACUUUAUCAUCAAAUUGUUAAAAACUCUUUUUUUUAAAUGAACAUUCUGACAAAAACGUCUCUAGCAGAGCAGCAAUGGUAAAUCAUUUACAAACGAAUAUAUCAUAGUUGUCUUUUUGUACACAAAUAUUGUGUUUAAACACGUUUUUAUUUUCCACUAUGCGAACAUAAGUAUAAAAAUGUUAAAAUUUCUGUUACUGAUAUAAACAAAAGUUUUGUAAAAUUCACAAUUGUAAAAUAAUUUUUGGUUAUUUAAAAGAUAUUGAAAUCAAUUUACUUUAUUUAUUGUGUUUCUGUUUUUGAAAAUUUAUGGUUAUACCUUUGCAUGAAGGGAAAGAUUUAACAUAUCAAAGCAGGUCAGUCACGAUGGGAUAUCACUUCGUUUAAACAAAAUUUAUUGACAUAAUUGCAGUCGUUACAAUAUUACAAGAAGAUAGAGUAGGAUUUAGAAACUCUCUCCCAGUCUUCCAUUUGUUCAUAUGAAAAAGGAAUAUGUAGCAUCCAACUUAACAGGCUUGAAUACAAGCUUAAGUAAUCUAAACUGUACUGCCUCAGAAAAGCUCGUUCAUUUUGCAUGUAUAAGUACAUACAAAGUACAGUGUAUGUGAAUCUGUCUGAAAUAUCCUGUAACCCUGCAGCAACUUGCAUUUUAAGUACAAUAUUACUUUAAUAGAAUAAUUUGUGUUAAACUUUCUUUAAUUCUAACAUGUACUAAUAUGUAUUAUGUUGUGUUCUCUGUGUUUAUUAAAGUGCAAGUUAUGUUUUUAUA